CCAGGCGGAGCGGUUGGAGGGCGGGCGCCUUGCAGACGAGAAAGCGGAAGCGGCGGCGCAGGCAGCUGCUGGUUCAGUUUCUCCGCGUCUUCCGAAAAUCAGAAGGACGAUGGCUGAAGCGGGCGGACGUGCUCCGCUCGCCCCGACGCCGCUUAGCCCCGACCGGCCCCUGGGCGAGCUGGGCGGCGGCACCCAAGCCUCGCAGCGGCUCUUGGCGUACAGCGAUGCGAUCUUCUCCAUCAUCGCCACCGUCAUGAUUUUACCUGUGGCACAUACAAAGAUACAUCCAGACCAGAAACUUGGAGAGAAUGUCCAGCAGCUGCUAGCCACCAAAAUUGCUGUUUAUCUGAUGACCUUUUUGAUAGUAACAGUUGCCUGGGCAGCUCAUGUCAGACUUUUUCAGGUGGUUGAACUCAUUGAUGAUGUACUUGCCCUUGCAAAUUUGGCAUGCAUGAUGAGCAUUACUUUUUUGCCAUAUACAUUCUCCUUAAUGGCAUCUUUUCCUGAGGAACCAUUUGGCCUUUUUAUCUUUAGUAGCUGUGCUGUUGUAUUCGGUGUUAUCCAGGUGAUGAUUGUAUUAUAUGCUUUCAGACAUUCGUAUCUACUGAAUCAUCAGAUACAGGAAUCUGAAAAUAAGGCAUUUUAUAAAUACCACAUCUUAAAGAUCAUCCUGAGAGGACCAACGCUGAGUUUUUUGGCUGCCAUUUUUUCAUUUUUCUUCUUUCCAUUGUCGUACAUGUUCCUUGGGCUCAUUAUUUUUUUCCCACUUCUCAGCCAUCUAACCAAAUGGUUUAGAAGCAGAAUUCUUGGUCAAGAGGAGGAACUCCCUGUAGAGUAUUUUACUUCUUACCUUAAGGAACCCUUGAGUAAGGAACGAGUGGAAAGUUUCACUGAUGGAGUUUAUGCAAUUGUUGCAACUCUGUUAAUUCUGGAUAUAUGUGAAGAUAAUGUUCCUGACAAUAACAUAGUUAAUGAGAAAUAUAAUGGUCAUCUUGCUGAAGCACUGAGAGAAUUUGGUCCAAGUUUCCUUGCCUACUUCGGAUCGUUUGUAACUAUUGGUCUUCUCUGGUUUGUCCACCAUUCGCUCUUCCUCCAUGUGACAAAAGCCACCCGACUGAUGAGCCUCCUUAACACCCUCUCUUUGGCUUUUAUUGGUGGACUUCCUCUUGCUUACCAGCUGACCAGUGAGUUUGCCGAGAAGUCUUACAACGAAAUAGAAGCCAUUCAGAUCAGCUGUGUUACCAUUUUUUUUGCCAGCAUCUUCCAGUUCAGCAUAUGGAUUGCUGCGCUGUUCCAUGAAGCUGAGACAUUGCAUCCUUUUGCGAGGUACGGUGGCAAAGAACACGCCUUCAUGUUUGCAAAGCUUUCUCUCUACCCCUGCGUGAGCCUUGCAGUCUUCUGCCUGACGUGUGUUGUGAGUGAGCUAAGUACGUCUAUUUUUCAUCUCACACAAAUAAUCGUCCCAUUUGCUUUCCUUGUAUUGCGCAUCUUCGUCAGAAUCAGCUUGAUGAUACUAAACUAUAUAAUGUCGAUGGCCAGGCCAAAGAACAAUGUUUUAGAAGAAGAAGAAGAAGCCUGUUUAUCCCCAGCCGAUACGCUAUCGUAGUUUUCCCUGCACUUUACAUGGAAAAUCAAGAUACUCCUGUGACUUGGAGAUUUCUAGAUUCAACUAAAACUGAAUUGUUCCUUUCUUUAGGGAUGCUCAGCUUUCCCUUUUAUUCGUGGACUGGCAUCUGGAGAGAGAGUUUGGCUAGAAUACUUACCACCUCAAUAGUCUCACUGAUCAUAGACGAUUGGUGAGGAAUCGUAAGAUGCUUGGGCAAAAAUAAUGGCAUUAGCAGUUUCUUGGGAAGUGCCAUUUGUCAUACCCAGUAAAGGUGAUAAUAUGAAUGUCCUUAUCCAUUCCAUGGCCAUUAAGUGACCUGGAGGAUGUAUUAAACUGCUAAAUAAUUCAGUGUGUGUCUUGAGUUGCAACCCUAACAGCUGCUGUCUAAUCUAUGUAAUCUAGCAAAUCAGUGUAAAGUAACAUGAUUAACUGAACAAACGAACUGUGAAUGAACAAAUUACUAUCAGCAAUUAUACAAGACGUAGUUCAUUCAGCACUGGCAACUUAAAGAAACCUGUAUGUUCAGCAUGCUAAAUGUUCAGAGAAUAUUUAGAAAGAGUUGGCUGUCAGUAUAACCAAAGUUAUAACUUGAUGAGGGGAUACUUACGAUAUAGGUUUGUCCCAUUAUUGCCCCAAUAAUGUGACAAGCCUACUUCGUAAGUAUCCUUUAGAAUCCAGUGUUAAUAGCCAUAACUUUAAUAAUGUAAUUUUCAAAAAAUAAAUUAUUAUUAUUAUUGUGAUGCUGUAUUAUAUCCCAGUCAUUUGGAAUUUAUCAGUAGAUGAAGAACGAUUAAUGAAACAAGAAAGAUCAUUCUGUUAUGAUGGGAAGGUAGAACUUAAAAUAGUCCUUGGAUUAUCAUGACAAUUGGGACCAGGAACUUUUUUACUAAGCAACAGGGUUGUAAAGUGUGACAUCACGUGACUAUGUCACUUAGAAUGGCAACUCUGGCAGCCCCAGGUACUGUUAAAUGAGGAUCAUGUGGGUCAUUAAGUGAGGACUUUGCGUGACUCUGACUUCCAACUUCCUGCUGGCUUCCCCAACUGAUCAAGAGACAAAAGAAAUCUACUGCCAGCAGAUCUAGCAGCAUAGAAUCAACAAAUGGAAACUUAUCCAAGUAAAACAUUUAUUUGUGGGAAGCUGGUAUGAAGAGUCAGAAAUUGUAAAAAUGCCACGCGACUACAGAGAUGUUGCAGUGUUUGGAACUCCAGGGUACUGUCGUAAGUUCCUCUUGUUUAGUUUCAUCAUAACUGAAUGGUUGCUGAAUGGUGAAUGGUAGUGACCUGCGAGCUUGUACAAUGCAUGAUGAUGUGUGUUUGUUCUCUGCUUAUGAACUGAUACCCUGUGGAUGUAAUGAAAAGACUACAGUAGUGGCCAAAAUUGUGGAAACCCUUUGGGAAAAGUACAGUCGAAAUUCCACCUUUGGUUAAGUCUCCACGAAUUUUUGUUCUAAUUUCUUUAUUACUGUAGCCUUGUUCACUUAAUAAUACUAUUUUACAUCGCUUUCUGGGCAACCAGUCAAGUCUUUGCACCAUUACUUUAAUUUUAUUACGUUUUACAAGCUCACUAAGUGAAAGAACAAAAAA